AUGGCUUGGAUACUGCGGGCCUUCAAAGCCAUUGUUCUGGUCCUUGUGGCUGAUGCAGUCCCAGGGGGGCCAUUGAGGUUGGAACAUGCGAAGGUCCCGAGCUUUCUGAACAGCAGUGCUUUGUCCAAAGCAUGGCUCUCCGAUGCACUGCGGCGGCGAGCCCUUUUUGGGAAGGUCCCGGAGGCUCAGGAAACUAUUAGCAGAUCCCAUUUGGAGCUCGAGCAGCUGGGAGGCAGUUUGCCAAGUUCAGGCUCUGCCAUUGUGCUCUAUGCGGCGCACGAUGCCAGCAUCACUAUCAGUAUGGAUGGACGCAUCCAGUGCGUGCUGGAGCUCGAGCGCCUCUUCAAGAUCCGUUACUAUUGGCCACCUCUUGAGGCCUCUGAGACAGUUUGGCUUGAAGCCCUGAUGGUUGUGAAGGCGCGCUGCCCAGAGGCCUGUCCAGAGAGCUUUGACUACGGUGCAAUUGUGCUUUUUGAGUCUCCGAAGAUGGAGCCACGUGUGGAGUACAGCGCGCUGCCCUUGAUCGUGGAGAAGGUCUUUCCUGUAAAGCAAUGGCGCUUGGUGGAUCACCACGAAGCACAUGCGCGGAUGAGCUUUUUCGAUUCACCUUUUCAGCAAGCGCUGAUUUUGAGCUAUGAUGGUGGUGGCAAUGACGGAGUUUUCAAUGUCUACUACGGCCAAGAGAAGACUGUCCUCCGUCUUGGCCAACUUGGCAUUGAUUUGGGUGAGAGAUAUGCCACUAUUGGAGCCAUGAUGACUGAAAUCUCCAGCCGUGAAGUGGAUGCUAGUUGCAGCAACUAUGUUGCGAAGCCUGCCAGCCUGAACCUGCCUCCUGAUGCUCUGGUUGAUUUGGUGUACGGGUAUAACUUCUCCAUGAUUGAUCAUCUCAGCUGGACAGGAAAGCUUAUGGCCUAUGCGUCUUUGGGGGUUCCAAGUCCGGACAUCGAAGCUCUGAUGUCGAAGUACUUACGAAACCACGCUCAAGGUGGCGAAUUGAUGCCAGUUGGCCUGGUGCGGGCCUGCUGCGAAUCCCUCAACGGUCAGCGGGCGGUGGCUGCUGCCGCUCAGGCACAGUUUGAGACCUACAUGUUGGAGUUGGUGAAGGACCUUUUGAAGGAGCUCAGAACCUUGGAUUUGGAAUAG